AUGGCGGUCAAGGAGGUGGAGGGUGCCAACGGAUUUCCCUGCUGUGGCCAGAAGUCUGUGGAGAUUGUGGACAUGCGGGAGGACUUAAACCGACACCAGUUUUACAAUCCCCAGAUGGUACAAAAGGAAGAAGAGAAGAUAGAGCUGGAGGCGGAAUUGCUAGAGCAGGAGCCCCCACCCAAAGCGGACCUGGACCUGGACCCAGACCCGGACCCAGACCUGGAGCUCAUGGCUUUGCUGGAGUCAGAGCUGCAGCCGGCACCCACGCCUGAACCUGAGGGGGACACGUGGAAUGUGACCAAUGGCAACGAAGACCUUGGGAGGCAGGGGUACAGGAUAGAGUCCGUCCACCCCUACAUAGAGGGGCUGCCAAUGCUACACAACUUCAGACCGUGGAGCAUGAGUUCAAACAUCAGUUACCUGAGUUCCCUGGAGGAGAGACCGGUGCCCACCGCCUACCGCUCCAUCCCCGUGCAGACCUCCAAGCACCUCUUCUGGGCAAACAAGCUCACCCAGGCCUCAGAACACAGCCUGCAGCGGGAGAUCAACAUGCAGCUCCACAAGAGCAGUGCAGACAAGACCACCAGCCAUCAGAACUUCGUCCCCACCAACACUCUGUGCUCCAGGAAGCACUUCCAGACCUCCACUGCCCACACAGCUCUUCCAGCCACAAGCUCCCAGCCGCUACCAAGCACCCACCUGUCUUCCUCCAAUCUCUCACCAGUCAUUGGCCUGGCAGAGCUAAUCAACUUUGCAUCUUCCCUGGCCAUGGCCUCCUCCAGCAAGACAGACUUGCCCAGUUUGGAGCACAGGAUCAAAGCUAAACCCCAGAAGGCCGUGGAGCCUUCCACAGAGCCCAUCCAGCCCACUACAAACAAGCAAGAGCUGGAAAAGUGCAAGGAGACACUCUUCUCCAGCCUCCAGCCACGUCCCCCCACCAGCUGCAGGGAGCCAAGGAAAAGCAGCAGAAGGCAGAAGACCAAGAGACCCCCGUCAACACAGAGAACUUACAGGCCUCCACAGAAGCCUCAAAGGUUGCUCACAGGAGAUUUAGAAGAGGAGCAGGUCGGUAGGAUGCAGAAAGGGAGGCUGUGGCUGCGUACCGCCCAGCUGACCCCCAUGGAGCCAGCAGCGGCCACGGCCAGGAAGGCUGAGCAGACCACACGGAGGGCAAGGGAAUUCAAGGGCCCGGUAGCUACCCGUUCAGCACAGUCAGGCCCAGAUGCCGGGUCUCAGAGCUUGACAGAUGAGAACCUGCUGCCCCUGACGUCCCAGCAGCUGGCAGCCUUCCAGGAUAUCUUCAAACUGUUCAGCUCCAGCCCGACAGGCACCGUGGACAUGCGCAGCAUGAAAGUCGCCCUGCGCAGUGCGGGCAUCCAGUUGAGUCCACAGGAGAUGUGUGAGGCUCUACAACAGGCAGACCUGGACGGUGAUGGAAUUGUGAGUUUCAAAGACUUCCUGGGUGUGCUCACUGACAACCACCGCUUGGCUCAGUGCAUGGGCCAGGUGAAGAACAGCUGCAUCAGUGACCCCCAGGGCCUGCAGACACUGUUCUUUGAGAUGCUGUUCAAGCUAGUGCACCAGGGCUUUGUGCCCUCCAAGUCAGUGCAGGAGUUGAAGAGCUACUACUCCAAGAAGCAGCAGACUCUGCGGCUGGGCCCAGGCUGGAGGGGAUGGUCCCGCGGCCAUGGCCGCCUUACGCGUGCCCACGCGGGCCUCGCCUUCUUCUGCCAGGCCGCGCGCGUCGGUGGGCUCUCCGGCUCCGAGCUGGCGCGCUCGCUGCACAGGCUGUACAAAGCAGGACGGGCUCUCAGGACCACCUGCUCCUCUGCCUCCUCCCGGGCGCCCGCCCCACUUGGGCGCAGCCCCUACGCUCAGAUACCGAACCUGGAGGCGCGGACGCCGCCAGAACGCAGGACGGAGAGCCGAGCCUUGGGCCCCGACAUCCGACUCCCCAAGCCCUACCGGCCUGGCCGCCCCAAACUGCCACCCAACUCCGGGCGGCUCAGCCAAGGGUCCCCGCGCCCUUGGAAGCUGGCUCCCUCCCCCGCCACCCUCGUGCAGAAGCAGCCAUUCUCGCCUUCGCCAGGCUGUCUGCAGAGACCCGCUGUGAAGAGCGUGAACAAGUAA